CAAAUCACCAUAUGGUAGAGUACGCGAAAGCGGCUUUCAAGUGUGCUGUGGCGACGGUAACGGAAAAACAUUUCGAUUUGGCUUCUCCUCAACAGACAAAGCUCAUUGUUACGCUGAGAAACAAGUCCGGUGCCGGAAGCAAUGUUUGACCAUUGAUAAAAGCCUGUUAUCACGCAUUAUCUCAUAUAUUCUUAAAUCGAGGUGUGUGUGUGUGUGUGUGUGUGUGUGUGUGUGUGUGUGUGUGUGUGUGUGCGUGUAUCUGUUGUGCGUGCUAUCAUCAUAGAAACAAACAAAAGAAACAGCUGCCAAUGCUAUGCAAAUCCCGAAAUAGAUAGCAAAAAAACAUAUGGAACGCGUUUUGCAGAUCAAUUUGAAUAAGUCGGCAAACGAAUUACCACAAGAAACCGUAGCAGGUUCCCGAUAAAUGAGAACAUCUUCAUUGCGAUAGCGAUGGCGGCGACCAAAUUCAGCGGGAUACAGUUACGGUCAUUGACUGCGUUGCUGUUGGUGGCAAUGGUGGUAAAGGUGCAGGGCGCUAGCGAAACUGUGAACGCGACGACAAACAGCAAUGGAGGCGAAGGAAAGCUCAUUUUUGCUCAUGUUCUAUUCCGCCAUGGUGAUCGUACGCCGAUCGAUCCGUAUCCGAAUGAUCCUUGGAAGGAUCCUAGCCAUUGGACUGCAGACUGGGGACAGCUAGUGAACGCUGGUAAAAUGCGCCAUUUGAUGUUAGGAAAAUGGCUGCGCCAACGCUAUUCCAGUCUGCUGAAGGAUACGUACAGCAACAAUGAGAUUUACGUUCGUUCUACCGACGUAGAUCGUACGUUGAUGAGCGCCGAGGCGAACCUCGCCGGACUGUAUCCACCGACGGGAGCCGAUGUAUGGGAUUCGGCAAUAACUUGGCAACCGAUACCGGUGCAUACUGUAACCGAGGAGCUGGACAGCGUGUUAGCAGCAAAAAAGCGUUGUCCUGCGUUCGAUCACGCGCUAAAGGUGUACCGCCAGUCGGAACCGUACCAUUCGUACAACGCGUCAUUGGAACAGCUGUACCGGUAUGUGACGGAGAAAACGGGCCGCCGAUACGAUUCCAUGUCGUCCGUCCAGAACCUUUACAGUGCGCUACUUAUAGAGGAUCUGAACAACUUUACGCUGCCCGAAUGGACACGGACGGUAUAUCCGGAACCAUUGAAAUCGAUCUCCGCCAUGACGUUUGCCGUCAAGACGAACACAACACAACUGGCCCGCCUGAAGAUGGGUCCGCUGGUGAAAGAAAUGCUGCAACGCUUCCGAUCGAAAGCCAAGGGAUCGCUGAAACCGAAUCGCUCCGUGUGGAUCUACAGUGCGCACGAUGUGACGGUCGCUAGCUUGCUGAAUGCGCUGCGAGUCUUCGAACUGCAUAACCCGCCAUUCGCCGCCUGCAUUAUGCUUGAACUGCGUCAACCGACCGACAGUGAACAGCAGCCAUACGUGGAGAUAUUCUACAAAAACACAACUGCCGAACCGUUCCAGUUUGCAAUUCCCGACUGUGGCGUUCGAUGCCCGCUGGACAAAAUGUUUGAAAUUUACGACAACAUUAUGCCGAAAGAUUGGGAAUCCGAGUGUCAGUUGUCGCUCCUGUCGAUGAGCUACGUUGAGGCGGAUCUGAAUUCGGCUAGCAGCUUGAUUGGGAUCGUGCUACUGACUGCCAUAUCGAUGCUCGUCCUCCUGGCCGUUGUAGCCAUUGUGAAGCGACGCAACAACAUGCACAGCGAACGCUGGUAUCUUCGGAUCGAUGGGUGAGCGGACGGUAUCGUUGCAUUUACGACCCAAUUUUAUAAGGUCAUGUAAAACGUUUCAUAAGGCUGAUUUGUACUGUCUGUUGCUAUGCUGGAGAGUGUGUCCUGUUUGUUGGCCAAAAUGCACUGGUUACUGGAUUGAGAUUAGUUUGUGAUAAAUAUAAACUCUAGGGACGGAAACGGAAUGUACUGUUCGAUAAAA